AUGUCGUGCCCCGAGUUUGAAGCGAUGGGGAAGUACGCUGGCAAGUGGGUCGAUGAGGGCAACGGAGAUUGCGGGUACACCAUGACCGAGAACUGCCUUUGCUACACGUGCAUCUGCUUCACCUACAAGGGCUGCCCGUACUCCGGGUCGAAUGCCUGGAGCUGCGGCACGGGGUGCAUCAUGGGCCCUUGCAUCGGGCUGACGUACAAGGACGAGACGAUGACGCUCCGCUGGCUGUGCUGCCCCGCGGACACGUACAAACGCGCCAGUCCCAGCUACGGCGGUCCCCCGCCUGCCGGCGAGAUGGCUCGGUGA